AUGCAAUCAAUCUUUACUAUUACUAUAAGCAGUAAUUUGGCGCAGGCAAAAUCUUUCUUUGAGCAAACCAAAUUCAAAGGAGAAGUCUAUGCAGAUCCCAGUCACUCAUUGUAUGAGGCAUUAAGAUUUGUUUCUAUUGUCACAACCACAUUCACUCCAAAGUACUUAGCAGGUCUCAAGAUAAUACAAUUGUACAUGGAGGGUUAUCGACAAGACUGGAAGCUUUCCUUUGAACAGGACACGGUGAGCAGAGGCGGCUGGCAGCAGGGUGGAAUUAUAGUUGCAGGUCCCGGUGAAAGUAACAUCUUGUGCAUUCACACAGACAAAGAAGCUGGGAAUCCAGAUAUCAAAGAUAUCCCCAAAGCAUGUUGUGGGGUUUAA